UUCUUCUUCUUCUUCCUCCUCCUUUUCCAAGAAACCCUAAAAAAAUCAUUCCUUUUGUAUCUACACAAACCCUACCCGUCCCCCCUAUCAUGUCUUCAGAAAUGGUCCUCCACACUUGUUCCACCAACACAACCACAACCGCCGCCGCCGUCCAACGUGGGACCCAUCAAUUGUCAGUCAACAAGAAGUCAUCCAAAACAUCCAAGGACCGACAUACUAAAGUCAAUGGCCGUGGUCGUCGUGUUCGAAUGCCAGCUUUAUGUGCAGCCCGGAUCUUUCAACUGACUCGUGAACUAGGUCAUCGAUCAGAUGGAGAAACAAUCGAAUGGCUCCUACGUCAAGCCGAACCUUCCAUUAUCGCCGCCACCGGUACCGGAAUCAUUCCUUCACAACCCAUCUCGUUGAUUCCAGGUCCGUCAGUUCAACCGCCAACAACGACCGAUGAUCAUCGGAUGUUUAUGGGUCCACCGCCUCCAAAUUGUACGUUGGAUUUAUGUCAAUCUAUGCAAAUGGGUCUUGAUUUUCCAGGUAAUAAUUUCAGACAUAUGCCUUUUACGGCUUUACUACUUCAGCCGGCGACUGAUGAUGAAGAACAGAGACAGCAGAAAAUGUAAAUGUAAAAAUUGCUUCUUUUUAAGGUUUAUUAUGUAAGCUAAUCUAGCAAACACUUUUGGGUGUAGUCACAAAAUUGUAUUUUAUUAAUAGAGGUGAAAUCAACCAUAUAAUUAUGAUAUAUAGAAUUGAAUUAUUAUU